AUGCUCACUGGCACUACAAUCGAAACAUACACAGUUGGUCCGAAGAUUGGUGCCGGAGCAUUCGGUGAAAUUUAUGCAGUGCGAAAUGCCGGUGAUAAUAAGAUUUUCGCAUUAAAAGUAGAGCCAUUAAGCAAUCGGCGAAAUAUUUUAGAGCUCGAGGCAAGUGUACUCAAGCGAUUGAGUCCUUGUCCAUAUUUUCCGAAAUUUAGGAUAUUUGGCAGAACUUCUACGUAUUCUUGGCUUGUAAUGGAAUUAUUAGGACCCUCUCUUUCGACAGUUGUCAAAAGAUUGCCAUCAGGAAGAUUAUCUAUGUCUACUGGUUUGCGUGUUGCUAAUAGUAUUCUUUGUGGACUUGAAUCAAUGCAUAAAAAAGGUUUUAUCCACAGAGAUGUUAAACCAUCAAACAUUCUUCUUCGCAGGUCAAGGGAAUAUCCUAUUGCCAUCAUAGAUUUUGGCCUAUCUCGUGUUUAUGUUGACAGAAAAACAGAAAGACAUUUACCAGCUCGCGCUCAUCCAGGUUUCAGAGGCACAGCUGUAUACGCUUCGCCUAAUGCGCAUAUGCACCAGGAUUUGUCCCGUCGUGAUGAUCUAAUUUCGUGGUUUUACCUCGUCAUUGAUGUAAUGGCUGGACCUUUACCCUGGAAGAAGCUUGAGAACAGGGCAGAAAUUCUUCACAUGAAAAGGCGCAUAUCAAUAUCUAAUUUAUCCGAUCAAAUUGCCCAUCAACUUACUUUAAUUUGGGAUCAUAUCCAAAGUUUAGGAUUUACAGACGCCCCGAACUACGCAUACAUGCAUGACCUCCUCAGGGAAGCAUGUGAACAGAAUAAUGUCCAUCAAUCAGACGAAUGGGACUGGCAUCCCCAAAUUUUGCAGAUGGAUGGCCAUGACGAGUUCAACGCUGAGCAGAAGAAAGCAUACGAAUCGAGUUAUACCUCAGAAGGAACAAGCAAAGGCGCAGAAUACAAAAGUUCCACUCGUAGAACGAGAUCGAGAUUAGAUUCCCGGCCACUCCUUCCAGAUAAGGACGAAGAAUGUUGCGACUGUAGGAUUUAA